AUGCAGCAAUAAAAAUCAAUCGACGUAAGAUUGAUAGUAUACAUCAUAGAUCGAAAUUAUUUCAUACUCAUAUGAGAGUACAACCAUAUUUUAUUAAAUUUCGGUUAAAAAUGGAAUUAGAUAAUGGAUUGUAUAGAAAAGAUAUUCAUAAUUCGAAGAGUUGAAUCGUAUUCUUGAAUUAACUUUUAAAUAAUUACCUUUAUUGCCAAAAAAAAAAUUGAUUACUUUCCUAGUUGGGAAAUCAAUUGAAUAAAUCAAUGAGCGCAAAUAUGGAUUAUAGCGUUAUUUAUAGACAUUAGUUUCUAGAUAAGAAAUUUUAGAUUGUGAUGCAUUUUAAUAAUUUUUAAAACUAAAACCAACAGAAUAAUUAAUUAAAGAAGAGUUAUUUAAAGAAAAUAUCUUUGAAUAAGUGUAAAGUCCUCUUAAAAUAAAAAAAUAAUUUGAUGGAACUUAAAAUAAUUAACCUAGUCCUCAGUAAGUAUUUGUUGAUAAAAGAGAUUAUCAAUAAUAAACUUCAUUUAUUGAAAAUUAAAUAGAAAAAGGAAAAAACAACUCCUUUGAAUAAUAUGAUAAUUAGUAAUCAUCAGAUAUCAAGUAAAAUUAAUCAAAUGAUAAUGCUGAAUUAAUAGUAUAAAUGAAAAAACAACUUCAAGAAUUCUAUGAUUAAAUAAAUGAAAAAGAUGUUAUUAUCUCUAAUUUUAAUCAAAAAGAACUUGAAACUUAAGAAUAUUAUAAUUAAUAAAUUUAUGAAAAGUAAUAUAGAAUUAAUGAAUUAAAUGGAUAAGUUAAUUAAUAUUAAGAAUCAUAUUCAGAAUUAUAGAAAUAGUAUUAAAAUAUGUAAAAUUAAAUUGAAGAGUUGAAAAUUAAACUUUAAAAAAGUCAAUAAUAUUCUGAGUCAUUAAAAUAAUAAUUUAAAUAAUAAUAAAAUUUAAUCUAAUAAUAGAUUACAUCAAUAGGUUAUGAUAACUUAAAUUAGAUAGAAUUAUAAUAAAUAAUAAUUGAGUAAAAAAAGAAAAUAGAUGAAUAAAUAUAAAUAAAUAAAGAAAAAGAAUUUGAAUUUAAACAUGAAUUAGAAAAACAUUAUUUAGUUGAAACUUAAAGAGAUGAAUUAUUUUAAGAAAAUUAAUUAUUAAAAGAUCAAUUAGAGGAAGAAUUAUUGCAAAAAAAUGAAUAAGAUGAAACUAUUGAUUAAUUGAAAUUAGAAAUGGAAUAUUUAUAAAUGUAAUUAAAGGAUAAAUAAGAACUUUUAGAUAUUAAAAAUGAAUUAUCUUGA